CCCGAACAUCUUUGAUGAUAGAAAAGUAGAAAACGAACGUCAGCUCUGCUCCCGUUGGAUUCCGCAAUUCUAUCGAGCUUUCUUCAGGACAUGACUCAUGAGAGGCCUUUCUUCUCUUGCUUUCAAGGCAUAUCCUGCAAGAAGAAGUCUAACCGAAGAGCUCUUCCGGCAGAGAAGACCCAACGGAGAUAAACCCAUCAAGGACAGAGCAAGAGCGGUUCUUGAUCGAAAAACCACCAAACCAGAAGGUCCGUUGAGAGGUAAGCCUUCGUUCAGUUCUUCCCAAAUACGCGGUUCUCUGCUGAAUCUGUCUUCUACGGAAAAGAGUUCUAUAUCUGAUAAUAAGUCCAAAUUAUGUACUGAACUGGUUGAUCAUGUGCACUUCUCCAUAAUACUUGCAAGAAAAGACUGGUUUUUCUUACUAAAUCAUGAGUUUAAAGUGAAAAAAACCAGCUUGAGCGCACAUUUGGUUGUGAGAGUUUUGCAGAAUCAGGACAACCCAUUAAACUCCCUCAAAUUUUACAUCUGGGUUUCGAACAUCGAGGGCGCACUAGCGAAGAACCAAUCUAUCCGGAGGGUGUUAACCGAUACCCUUGUUCGAAAAGGUCCGGUUGUAUUGUCUAUUCAGUUACUUCAGGAAAUUAGAAACUAUGGAUGUUCGGUUACCGAAGACCUGCUUUGCAUUUUAAUUGGUAGUUGGGGGAGAUUAGGGCUUGCGAAGUACUGUACGGAAGUUUUUGGGCAGAUUUCCUUUUUGGGUCUCAACCCAACUACUCGACUGUACAAUUCAGUUAUUGAUGCAUUGGUGAAAUCCAAUUCCCUUGAUUUGGCUUAUCUCAAAUUCCAGCAGAUGCCAGUGGAUAACUGCAAACCCGACAAGUUUACUUAUAACAUCCUCAUCCACGGGGUGUGCAGGACUGGUAUUUUGGAGGAGGCACUUCGUCUUUUGAAGCAGAUGGAGGGUUCAGGAAACUCCCCUAAUGUGUUUACGUACACUAUCCUGAUUGAUGGGUUCUGUAUUGCAAAGAGAGUGGAUGAAGCAUUUGGACUUUUAGAGGUAAUGAGGGAAAGGAAUGUAGUUCCAAGUGAAGCAACAUUUAGAUCACUGGUUAAUGGAGUCUUUCGGUGCUUGGCCCCGGUCAAGGCUUAUAAAUUGUUUUUGAGCUUUUUAGAACGGGAGCCUGUUUUGUGCAAACGGGCUUGUGAUCCUAUACUCUAUUUUCUUUCAAAGAAUUCAAUGCCUAGAGAGGCGAUGGAGUUCCUGAAUAAAAUGAGAGAAAUGGGUUAUUUCCCAGAGAAUUCAACAUUUGACAUGGUGAUGGCUUGUUUGAUUAAGGGUUCUGAACACAAUGAAACUUGCAAGCUGUUGGAUGAUUUUAUUGAGCGAGGUGGGAAACCGGGGUUUAACACUUACCUCAAACUUAUUGAAAAAUUAACUAAGGCUGGAAGAAGUGACAAGGGAAACCAAUAUUUGAAUCAUAUGAUCCAGGAUGGACUUCUAUCCACUGUGUUCUCUUUUAACAUGUUGAUUGAUUGUUUUUCCAAAGCCAAAAUGAUGGAUAGGGCAUCAAAUGCAUUCAGAGAGAUGUGUCAAAGAGCUAUUGCUCCAAAUCUUGUUACUUUCAACACACUUAUCAAUGGCCAUUGCAAAGAUGGGGAAAUUGGUAAGGCACAGGAACUGUUGAAGAUGCUCUUAGAGUAUGGCUUCAAACCCGAUGUCUUUACUUUUAGUUCAAUAAUAGAUGGCCUUUGUAGGAUCCACCAGAUAGAGGAUGCAUUUGAUUGUUUUAAUGAGAUGGCUGAAUGGGAUGUUACUCCAAAUUCCUUCACAUACAACAUCCUUAUCCGGUCUCUUUGUGUUGUUGGUGAUGUUACUAAAUCAAUGAAGCUAUUAAGAAAGAUGAACGCUGAUGGAAUAAAACCAGAUGUUUUUUCUUUCAACGCUCUUAUUAUAUGCCUUUGUAAGAUGAAAAAACUUGUGCAAGCACAUAAGCUAUUGGAUUCUAUGUUGAGGUUGGAUCUUACUCCUGACAAUUGUACAUAUACUGCAUUCAUCAAGGCACUGUGUGACUCAGGAAGGAUUCAUGAGGCAAAAGAGAUGUUCCUUAACAUGGAAAUGAGUGGAUGUACUCCUGAUUCUCAUUCAUUUAGUACAAUUAUAAAAUCUCUAUCCCGUUCAGGCCAUUUGGUGGAAGCCCAAGAUCUAGUCAGGAAAUGUAAAGAGAGGAAUUUUAUGAACUCCAUUCCUAAGUUAUAGGAUGUACUUUCCCAGAUGCUCAUGGCGGUUUCACCCUGAUGCUGCUUUUGGUUUCCUUUGGUUUGAGGAGAAGGGAGCUUAAAACUACCAAUCAGAUAGCUGAUUUUCUUCCCAUUGCAUCUAUUGGAGAAAAAUGAGAAGGGCGAUGCACAAGUGAAUCAUUUGAGUCCACAGUAAAGAUGGAUGUCAGAUGAUCAUGAAGCAGGUUAGCAUGGGUAUUUACUCUUCCUGGCAGAGAAAUUAUUCUGAUUUUGGAACAGAAGCUUGUGUCCACAAUGACUCAUUAAGCAUAUUGGAUUGGGGGAAUUGAGAGUAUUUGCUGUUGCCUGUUCGUUUCAUGGAGUAAUUUCCAUUCCUUGUUUAUUUGGUAGAGUUUUCGGAACGGAAAAAGCAUAGCAUCGCCCUUUUCUGGUGUUCCCUCAACCCCUUCCUGUUGUGCAGAACCGCAGACAUGCUCCCGGAGAUAAUCCAUCAAGACUGAGGAGGAGGUUAAU